AUGAAAAGUGGAGGCAUCACGCGAUUCAAGUUUCAUUUAAUGCAAAAAGACCCGCAUAACAACACCAAAAAGUGUCUGAGAGUGCCGCCCGAAGUGAAAGAAGAGAUACGAUUCCUAGUGCAUGACAAAACAAAAGCAAAAGCAAAGAAAAAUGCAGAUAUUGAAGAAAUUCGUGCUCAAUUACGUGGCACAAUGGGGACUCAUCAUACACAUUUGGUUGACGAAGAUGAUGAUGAUGAAGAUGUUGAGAAUGAAGAUGUGUAUAUGUAUCCGGCAGAUAUGCACCCAGAUGAGCGGGAUGCAUAUCGAUCUGCAGUUCGUGCCUCGAAAGCAUCAGAAUGGGAACGUGAACAAUAUGAGAAUAUUGUAGGAAGCAAACGCAAAACAGGGGAGUCUUCACAGUCUCCUGGAUUACCGUCGAUGAUGCGAAAAUCACAUAGUAUGCGACAUUCGCAACAAUCACCCCCUCUUGCCCCUUCACUUUACAAGUCUUCUGCAGCAAAACAAAAAAAUAUCAAAGAUAUAUUCAAGGGUGGUGCAAUUAAAGAAACGAUGGGACGCUUAAUUAGCAAAUUCUUCAUUUAUGAGAGCGUCGCACCCGCAAAAGCAAAGUCUCAUCACUUCAAGAAUAUGAUUAUUGGUGCACAACAAGCUGGAAUGGGAAUCGAACCUCCAUCUCCAUUUGACAUAAAGAACAAGUACUUGGAAAUGGAGUACAGAGAAAUGGAAGCUUAUGUGAACCAACAAAGAGAAAAAUGGAAGACAUAUGGGUGCACAAUAAUGUCAGAUGGAUGGAUAGGGCCCACGAAAUUAAGUAUUAUUAAUUUCAUGGUUUAUUCUAAAGGGAGCACGGUCUUCCUUAAGUCAGUUGAUGCAUCGAACUAUAUCAAAGACCACAAGUAUAUAUACGACCUAUUGAAGACUGUUAUCAAAGAAGUCGGUAAAGAAAAUGUGGUCCAAAUUGUCACAGAUAAUGGGUCGGCGUUCAUGAAAGCAGGGAAACAAUUGAUGAAGAAGUAUAACUUAUACUGGACUCCGUGUGCGGCGCACUGCAUCGACUUAAUCUUUGAAGACAUUGGUAAAAGACCCAGUGUUAUCGAGGUGAUAAACAAUGCUCGCAAGAUAACUAACUUCAUUUACAAUCAUGGUUGGUUACUAGCACAAAUGAGACUGUAUUGUGGUGGAGACAUUGUUCGACCAGGAGCUACAAGGUUUGCUACCAAUUAUAUUGCUCUUGACAGUCUUCUUAAAAAAAGGGUCGAUUUGAAAAAAUUGUUUAUGAGUGAUGAUUGGGCACAACACAAGCUGAGUCGAACAAAACAUGGACGAGAGUUGGAGCAAUUAUUGUUUGACCAUGCGUAUUGGGACAGAAUGACAAAUAUAGUUUCAUUAUAUGAGCCAUUAUACGUGGUGCUUCGACUUAUGGAUUCUGAAGUUGUUCCCACAAUGCCAUUUGUGUAUGAGCUUAUGCACGUGAUGAAAACGAACCUUACACGUCAAGGAGCUGGAGAUUGGAUGUUCAAAAUAAUACAAGAUCGUUGGGAGAAAACACUAAAACAUCCACUUCAUGCAGCAGCAUACUUCUUGAAUCCAAGAUUUCAAUAUAGGCGUGGAGUUGGUAGUGAUCCAGAACUACUUCAAGCGGUCCAUGAUGUUUUUGCAAAAUUAGAUCCAACUACUGAAUCACUUGGUCAAUUUGGAAAUGAGCUUGUGCUUUUUCGAGAUGCAAAAAGAGGAUUCGGUGAUCGAGCGGCAAUUGCAGCAAGGUCAACCAUGGUGCCCGGUGAGUCUUUGUAGGAAAAAAUUGAUUAUCAUUAUUGUAAAUUCACCACAUAAGUAUUUAUAUGAUUAUC